AGCACCUGGUAUCUGAAAGACCUAAGGAUAAUUAAGAUGCAGUUGUGUCCUCUGGAAUCCAUAACCCGACCGAGGUCAGGACAAAAAGAAGACAGCCUGGAUUUCAAAAUUGAGCAGUGAAGUGGUUUGCAACAGUUACCUGGCUCUUGGCCUCAAUCCAGCUGAAUCAAGUUGAGACCUGAAAAGAGAUCUUGGAUCCUGUGGCAGUGGAAAGACCCAAGAAUGCCAGUCAAGAAGAAAGAUACUGACCGAGCUUUAUCAUUACUGGAAGAAUACUGCAAAAAAUUAAGGAAACCAGAGGAACAACAGUUGAAAAACGCUGUUAAAAAGGUGAUGGGUAUCUUUAAGAGCAGCUUAUUCCAAGCUUUGCUAGAUAUUCAAGAAUUUUAUGAGGUGACAUUGCUAAAUUCUCAAAAAAGUUGUGACCAGAAGAUAGAAGAAGCCAACCGAGUUGCACAGAAAUGGGAGAAGACAUCCCUUCUUGCUCCAUGCCAUGAUAACCUUCAAAAAUCUGUAGAGCUUACAGAUUGCAGUGGGCCAAAAGAAAAUGCUUCAUGUAUUGAGCAAAAUAAAGACAAUCAGUGUUUCGAAAAUGAAACUGGCAAAAAGACAAGAAAGUAUCGAUACCAAGAUGAGGACGCUCCACACGAUCAUUCCUUACCUCGACUAACCCAUGAAGUAAGAGGACCGGAGCUGGUGCAUGUAUCAGAAAAGAACCUGUCUCAAAUAGAAAAUGUCCAUGGAUACGUCUUGCAGUCUCACAUCUCUCCUCUGAAGGCCAGCCCUGCUCCUAUAAUUGUCAACACAGAUACUUUGGACACGAUUCCUUAUGUCAAUGGAACAGAAAUUGAAUAUGAGUUUGAAGAAAUUACUUUGGAAAGGGGGAAUUCUGGCCUGGGAUUCAGUAUUGCUGGAGGGACAGAUAAUCCCCACAUUGGAGAUGACCCUGGCAUAUUUAUUACGAAGAUUAUACCGGGAGGUGCUGCUGCAGAGGAUGGCAGACUCAGGGUCAAUGAUUGUAUCUUGCGGGUGAAUGAGGUCGACGUGUCAGAGGUUUCCCACAGUAAAGCCGUGGAAGCUCUCAAAGAAGCGGGGUCUAUCGUUCGCCUGUAUGUGCGCAGAAGACGACCCAUUCUGGAGACUGUUGUGGAGAUCAAACUGUUCAAAGGACCUAAAGGUUUAGGCUUCAGUAUUGCAGGAGGUGUGGGGAACCAGCACAUUCCUGGAGACAACAGCAUUUAUGUAACUAAAAUUAUAGAUGGAGGAGCUGCACAAAAAGAUGGAAGGUUGCAAGUAGGAGACAGACUGCUAAUGGUAAACAACUACAGUUUAGAAGAAGUGACGCAUGAAGAGGCAGUAGCUAUACUGAAGAACACAUCCGAUGUCGUUUAUCUAAAAGUCGGCAAACCCACCACCAUUUACAUGACUGAUCCUUAUGGGCCACCUGAUAUUACUCACUCUUAUUCUCCACCGAUGGAAAACCAUCUACUCUCUGGCAACAAUGGAACUUUAGAAUAUAAAACUUCCCUGCCGCCCAUCUCUCCAGGAAGGUACUCACCGAUUCCAAAGCACAUGCUUGUUGAAGACGAUUACACCAGGCCUCCGGAACCUGUUUACAGCACUGUGAACAAACUGUGUGAUAAGCCUGCUUCUCCCAGGCACUAUUCCCCUGUUGAGUGUGACAAAAGCUUUCUUCUCUCAGCUCCCUACCCCCACUACCACCUAGGCCUGCUCCCUGACUCUGAGAUGACCAGUCAUUCUCAACACAGCACUGCAACCCGCCAGCCUUCAGUGACUCUCCAGCGGGCCAUCUCCCUGGAAGGGGAGCCCCGCAAGGUAGUCCUGCACAAAGGCUCCACUGGCCUGGGCUUCAACAUCGUGGGCGGGGAAGACGGAGAAGGUAUUUUUGUAUCCUUCAUUCUGGCUGGUGGACCAGCAGACCUGAGUGGGGAACUCCAGAGAGGAGACCAGAUCUUAUCCGUGAAUGGCAUUGACCUCCGUGGAGCAUCUCACGAGCAGGCUGCUGCUGCCCUGAAGGGGGCUGGACAGACGGUGACCAUUAUAGCACAAUACCAACCUGAAGAUUACGCUCGAUUUGAGGCCAAAAUCCAUGACCUGCGCGAGCAGAUGAUGAACCACAGCAUGAGCUCCGGGUCCGGGUCCCUGCGAACCAAUCAGAAACGCUCCCUCUAUGUCAGAGCCAUGUUUGACUAUGACAAGAGCAAGGACAGUGGGCUGCCAAGUCAAGGACUUAGUUUUAAAUAUGGAGAUAUUCUCCACGUUAUCAACGCCUCUGAUGACGAGUGGUGGCAAGCCAGGAGAGUCACGCUGGAGGGGGACAGUGAAGAGAUGGGGGUCAUCCCCAGCAAACGGAGGGUGGAAAGAAAGGAGCGUGCCCGGUUGAAGACAGUGAAGUUUAAUGCAAAACCUGGAGUGAUUGAUUCAAAAGGGGACAUCCCCGGAUUAGGUGACGACGGUUAUGGAACAAAGACUCUGAGAGGGCAAGAAGACUUCAUUCUUUCUUAUGAGCCUGUCACAAGGCAGGAAAUAAACUAUACCCGGCCAGUGAUUAUCCUGGGCCCCAUGAAGGAUCGGAUCAAUGAUGACUUGAUAUCUGAAUUCCCCGACAAGUUUGGCUCCUGUGUGCCUCAUACUACGAGGCCAAAGCGUGACUAUGAGGUAGAUGGCAGAGACUACCACUUUGUCAUUUCCAGAGAACAAAUGGAGAAAGAUAUCCAAGAGCACAAGUUUAUAGAAGCUGGCCAGUACAAUGACAACUUAUAUGGAACCAGUGUGCAGUCUGUGAGAUUCGUAGCAGAAAGGGGCAAACACUGUAUACUUGACGUGUCAGGAAAUGCUAUCAAACGGUUACAAGUUGCCCAGCUCUAUCCCAUUGCCAUCUUCAUUAAGCCCAAAUCUCUGGAACCUUUGAUGGAGAUGAAUAAGCGUCUAACAGAGGAACAAGCCAAGAAAACCUAUGAUCGUGCAAUUAAGCUAGAACAAGAAUUUGGAGAAUAUUUUACAGCUAUCGUCCAAGGAGACACCUUAGAAGAUAUAUAUAAUCAAUGCAAGCUUGUUAUUGAAGAGCAGUCUGGGCCUUUCAUCUGGAUUCCCUCAAAGGAGAAGUUAUAAAUUAGCUACUGCACCUCCGACAAUGACAGAAGAGCAUUUAGAAGAAAAAAAUAUAUAUAAUAUACUACUUGGAGGCUUUUAUGUUUUUGUUGCAUUUAUGUUUUUGCAGUCAAUGUGAAUUCUUAUGAAUGUACAACACAAACUGUGUGAAGCCAUGAAGGAAACGGAGGGGCCACAGGGUGGGACAGAAAAGACUUUGCAGUAUGCAGGAAGGCUUUGGUUUGCUCAAAGUGCCAGGUGUAGGGAUGAACCUCUGAUGGGCUUUCUGCCCAAGAGAUGGGCAGCCUCCUCACCCCAGCAGAUAUCCAGAGCUGAUUUAGCUGCUGAGCUCUCUGUGUCUUUUGCUUUAAAGAAAAGUUGUCAGCACUUGAACUUCACCAACCUUCCCAUUACCCACAUCUGUAAUUGGUACACUUCGAAUUUUAUAACUAUGCACACUCUUUGAUUUCUUAACGAGCAAAAGAAAGAAACAAGGAAAAAGGAAAGGAGUCCCUUUGGAGACGGCAUAAUAUCAGGAAAGGAUAAGUGUGUAGUUUCUUUGACUGGCAUCUACAAAGAUGAGCAUUUCAUAAAAUUCACAAGUGUAUGGAGGAUUGACCUCACUGAGAGGAGGGGAUUCACUGAGGGUAGCUUUAUGAUUGUUUAUUGUCUAUUUUGCCAUUUAUAAACUGAAAGAAGGCACUAAAGAUGAGAAUAAUUUAUACAAUAAAAAUAUAUUAAAUGUAUAGAAAUGAAUUUCUAUAGGUUAAAAAAGUUUUGUGAAAUAUUUUGUAAUGACUAAUUGAGAGACUAAAUGGAUGCACUAUCAGCAGAUGAUCAAAUUCAGGAACUGAAAGUUGCACUCUCCCUUUUGUUGCCAAUGAUCCAUUAAGAGCAUCUGAGUUCCUUCCAAAGUCUGACAAAGACUUCUCCCUCACUUACCUCCCAUGAUCUCCCUUCCAUAUUAGUAGCACACUCUCAUGGAGCACAUCCCUUAAUGAGUUGCCCUUGUGGGUAUUUUUGGAAGACUUUUGGUUAAUGCAUUUUUAAGCUGAUGGCUUUCAGAGACAAACUCAUUCAAAUGAUCUAAAGGGAAGUUUUUGCUUUUAUCUUGUUAAACAACCUGGGCCUGCCAUGCAAAUAGUUGAAUAACUUUGUUCCUAGUUACUUACAUGCAAUUCUCAAAGGAUCAUUUAGUAUUUUGACCAACCAUGAGUAAUUAGGACUUUCUUUUUGUCUGUUUCACAAGUAACUGAGGGUUUUGUGACAGCCAGAAAUGGUAUCGAGCCAUGGAGAGAUCUGUCCCAAGAAGCACUGUUCCUUUGAGGAAGAGAGAAGUAUCUGGUUGGGGGGGUGAGGGGUGCAGACUUUGUUUCUGUGUACAGGGCAAAGAGAACCACAGGGAAAGAUAAUUAACAACUUUGAGCUCAACCAAUUGAACUGCCUUUCUUGGGGGCUGCACCUGGACCAAGUUUAUUUUUUAGCAAUUACAAUAAUGAUGAUUUAAAAAACCUCCCAAAGCCUAUAUCCCACUUUAGAGCUGAUGAUGACAUCAGCGUUGCUUGUGCCCACGGUGUUUAGAGAGAGACUUUUCGGUGAUCUCAAUAACCACUCAACUCUGGGUUCUAUGCCUGCCCAGACUAAGCCCCAUCGCCUUAUUUCUGGGGUACAUCCAGACCUGGCAGGGAUUCUGCCACACUGUGCAGCAAACCAGCAUGCAGGCUGGGAUGGGAGAGCGAGAGAUAGAGCCAUCAGCAGUGAUGGGGCUUCUUCCCAGUAAGAACAUCGGAGCUCAGAAUGAGGGUCUCUUUCCAAAACCAAGUGUUGUUCAUCUUACGCUAAGCUAACUACCACCGUCUGCCUCGCUGCAGUCACCAAAACAAACACAGAAAUGCAAAAUUAUUCAUCUACCUAUAGUCUUGAGGCUGCCUUUGCCAGCGGAAGGGCUAGCAAUGCAUUUUCCCUCUGAUGAAAGUUAAAUCUGGGGGGACUUCCUCAGAAUGCUCAAAACGUUAAAGGUAUGUCCGUGGCUGCAAUUCGCCAGUUUCAGGUCAAGGCCUACUUUCAUCAAUAUUGCUGCCAGAAGUUUUCUGCCACCAGAAUGCCAUUCCUGAUCCCAGCUCUAUUUUUAGGCCACCAUACUAACUUCUUUGGUUUCUCAACUGAGCAUGCAACCAUUUAUUUAAAGGACUGUCAUUAAUGAGUAGGUGUUUCCGCGGGUCGUGUGAUGUGCUUUCCAUUUAAUAUUAAGUAUUGCUGUGGCUGAGUACAAUCAAAUUGAACCACCAACCCUUGGUUUUGUAGUAAUAUAAUUAUUUAUUUUCCUAGUGUAGAUGCUUCCAGAUUAGAAUUGGCAUUUGCACUGAUUUUUUAUGUAGAUUUAUAUAAAUAUAUAUAUACAUAUAUAUUUGCUUGAAGAAUCACCAAGCAAAUUGGUGAGAGGGUCUUUUCCUAUAGAAUUUACACCUCCAUGUGUUGUGUUGUCUUGCGCUUCCCAAUGUUGAGGUCUCUAGGGCUCCAACGAACUGGUGUAUUUUGCAGCAAAUCUGAUGAUUGUACGGAUAUGGCAGGAAAGUUACCCAGAUUACAUCUGGUGCAAAUGCACUUGGAGCCUGGGGCCAGACCGGUGCUAACACUGCAAACUUUGUCCGGAGCUCUCUCCAAUCUGAAGGCUUGCUGGGGGCGCAAUGUCACCUUCCCAUGCUGGGCCCUUUCGGAAAAGUGCCAGAUCGUGUCACUGGUGCUAUUUUUCAUGCUCUGGUACAAUGUGUAGCACCACGGGGGUCUCAGCUUUACCAAAAUCAAAACCGCACUUGUCAGCGAAUUGCAGGGGUAUUUGUUUUUUGCUCUCCUCCCAUGGGAUCUGUUGGCCAUUUCUUUGCCGGCCUCUCCCUGCCCUCGCCCCCCUCAGCCCCAAGUUCUUGGCUUGGCUCCGUCUGCUCAGUGAGCCCAGCUUUACGAAGCCGCACUCAGGUGCCUGUGAGCUGUCUUAGAUCCUACUGCCAGCCCUUCCAGACUCCGAGCCAGGGAAAAGCCCUCCACUCCUCUGGCUCUCACCUCUGGUUUUCCCUCCUCCUUUUCCUCUGCUCUCCCCCUUCCAUUUCUGUCUCAUUCCAUCUAUCUC